AUGCUAAUGUCUCUUGCUGAACUCGACUUGUCAAAAAAUAGUCUAACGGGUUCAGUCCCUCAUUCCAUAAGAAACUUGGGAAAACUGACCUAUCUGAGCCUUUUUAGUAACAAGCUUACAAGUUCCAUCCCUCCAAAAGUUGGAAUGCUAAGGCCUCUCAGUGUACUUUAUUUGAAUAAAAACAAUUUGACCGGUGCAAUUCCUACUUCUAUUGAGCACCUAUCCAACCUAACUACAUUGUACCUAUACAGGAACAACCUUUUUGGGUUCAUCCUGCAAGAAAUUAGAAUGCUAAGGUCACUUGCUAAACUCGACUUGUCAGAAAAUAGUCUAACAGGUUCAGUCCCUCAUUCCAUAGGAAACUUGGGCAAGAUUACCUUUCUGAGCCUUUUCACUACCAAGCUUACAGGUUUCAUCCCUCCAGAAGUUGGAAUGCUAAGGCCUCUCAGUGUACUUUAUUUGAAUAAAAACAAUUUGACCGGUGCAAUUCCUACUUCUAUUGAGCACCUAUCCAACCUAACUACAUUGUACCUAUACAGGAACAACCUUUUUGGGUUCAUCCUGCAAGAAAUUAGAAUGCUAAGGUCACUUGCUAAACUCUGA